AUGCUGCGCUACCUGCUCAACGCGCUGCUGCAGAUGAACCUGUUCGCGGACUCCCUGGCCGGGGACGCGUCCAACUCCAGCGAACUGCUCUUCGGCUUCAACGCCUCGGGGGCGGCGCUCAACCACAGCCUGCUGGCCCCGGGCGAGCCUGCUCUCAACGGUAAGCCCCUGCCCCGCGGGGACGUGGGAUCCCGAGUGGGGAUCCGUGGAGGGAAGCUGAUGAUGUCACAUGCACACAAGAGUGAUGCAGGGAUGUACGUGUGUGUGGCCUCCAACAUGGCAGGAGAACGGGAGAGCGGGCCGGCAGAGCUUGUGGUACAGGAGCGCCCCUCGUUCCUGCGGAGACCGGUGAAUCAGGUGGUCCUGGCUGACGCCCCUGCACAUUUCCCCUGUGAGGUGCAAGGGGAUCCCCCCCCUCGGCUACACUGGCGAAAGGAGGAUGGAGAACUGCCCACAGGCAGGUAUGAGAUCCGGAGUGACCACAGCCUUUGGAUUGGGCGCGUGAGGCCUGAAGACGAGGGGACGUACACCUGUGUGGCGGAGAACAGCGUGGGCCGAGUGGAAGCGGCCGGCUCCCUCAGCGUUCACGUCCCACCCCAGCUGGUGACCCAGCCCCAGGACCAGAUGGCAGCCGCUGGAGAGAGCGUGACGUUUCAGUGCGAGACCAAAGGAAACCCCCCACCUGCCAUCUUCUGGCAGAAGGAGGGAAGUCAAGUGCUGCUUUUCCCCAGUCAGUCCCUUCAGCCCGCAGGGCGCUUCUCAGUCUCCCCGAGAGGCCAGCUCAACAUCACUGACGUGCAGAGUGGGGAUGCUGGCUACUAUGUGUGCCAGGCGGUCAGUGUGGCUGGCAGCAUCCUGGCCAAGGCCCUGUUGAAGCGGGCUCUUUGGUCAACAGACAGCAACCCAUCCAGGCCAGUGGAGGACCCGCGGGGAGGCCAGCCGGGACUGGCUGAAGUGGCUGUGCGUCUGCAGGAGCCCAUCGUCCUUGGGCCCCGGACCCUGCAGGUGUCCUGGACUGUAGAUGGCCCAGUCCAGCUGGUGCAAGGUUUCCGGGUGUCUUGGAGGGUAGCAGGUCCUGAUGGGGGAAGCUGGACAGUGCUGGACCUACAGUCCCCAAGCCAGCAGAGUACUGUGCUGAGAGGACUCCCCCCGGGGACCCGCAUUCAGAUCAAGGUGCAAGCCCAAGGCCAGGAGGGGCUGGGUGCUGACAGCCUCUUGGUGGCCAGGAGCACGCCUGAGGAGGCCCCCAGCGGUCCCCCCCAGGCAGUGGCAGUAGCCUUGGGGGGUGAAGGCAACAGCAGUAUCACGGUGUCGUGGGAACCCCCGCUUCCCUCCCAGCAGAAUGGGGUCAUCAAGGAAUACCAGAUCUGGUGCCUGGGGAACGAGAGCCGCUUCCACCUCAACCGGUCCGCGGCGGGCUGGGCGCGCUCCGCGGUGCUGCAGGGGCUGCUUAAGGUUUGGGCGUGUGGGAAGAAGCGACCCGAAGCUGGGAUCUCCCUGUACCUGGCUCAGACGGCCCGGGGCGCGGCCGCCUCCCCCGAGGGUCCUGUCUACAGCACCAUUGACCCAGCUGGGGAGGAGCUGCAGACCUUCCAUGGGGGCUUCCCCAACUCCUCCGGGGACCCGAGCACCUGGAGCCAGUAUGCGCCCCCGGAAUGGAGCCAGGGGGACAGCGGGCCCAGGGCCGGCAAAGCGAAGCUUCUGGGGAAACCUGUGCAGAUGCCCUCUCUCAACUGGCCAGAAGCCCUGCCCCCACCGCCUCCUUCCUGUGAACUGAGCUGCCUCCAGGGGCCUGAGGAGGAGCUGGAGGGCGGCUCUGAGCCAGGAGAGUGGUGCCCCCCGGUGCCCGAGAGGAGCCACCUGGCCGAGCCCAGCUCCAGAGGGUGCUUGGUCCCUGCGUCCCGAGGGGAGACCCCCUCCCCCACACCUUCCUACGGACAGCAGUCCACAGCCACUCUCACCCCUCACUCCCGACCCUCGCAGCCCCUCACUGACAUUCCCAUCUCACAGAUGCCCAGGAGGCUGCCCCUUGAGCCCAGUUCCCCGCUCAGUGUGUCCCAGCCCGCUCUGAACAGCCACGAGGGGAGGCCUGCUGGCCCCGGGGCUGGCCCCACAGCCGCCUAUCACUUCAGCGCCAGCCCUGUCCCUAGCACCGCCAGCAGUGCCCCAGGGAGAACCCGGCAGGCGCCGAGGGAGAUGACUCCGCCACUUCAAGGGCCCCACGCCCAUCGGAAGAAACCCAAGGCCGUGCCCUAUCGGCGGGAGCACAGUCCUGGGGACUUGCCCCCACCGCCCUUGCCGCCACCAGAGGAAGAGACGGGCUGGGCCUCAGGGCUGAGAGCAGCAGGCAGCAUGUCCUCCUUGGAACGGGAGCGCAGCGGGGAGAGAAGAGGGGGGCAGGGGGGGCCCCUGGGGACCCAUCGGGGACCCCUCCCGGAUGAAGAGGCCUGGCUCCCUUACAGCCGACCAAGCUUCCUGUCCCGGGGCCAGGCCGCCAGCACCUGCUCCACCGCCAGCAACUCUUCCAGGGGCUCCGGCAGCUCUCGGGGCUCCCGGGGCCCUGGCCGGAGCCGGAGCCGGAGCCGCAGCCAGAGCCAGAGCCAAAGGCCAGGACGGAAAUGCCGAGAGGAGCCAAGAUAACGCUUGAUGGAGAAUCAGCAGUUCCGUGGGGGAAAGGCUUGUCCCGGGCCAGGAGCCCGGAUGGGAGCCCCUCCCUUGGUCAAUGAGGGGGUGCAAAGAGGAGCAGGAGGGGUCUCUUCCUUCCGGCAGUGAUAGUGGGGCUCCCUGAGGACCGGCUGAGAAGCCGGGGAGACAGCUCUUCCGUUUCCAUCCUACCUACCUGAGACCCGUUUGUA